UGUGUCAACUGCUCCCAACAGAUGGCUCUGCUGUCACUGGACACUGGUAAACAACAGUCAGCUGCGAGGCGUAGCAGUGAAAGGUUUCGUGUAGGGCGACGUCUUAUUUAUAAAGUGUGAUUGGCGACUAUAUCGUGAUACCCGAACGUGAUUAUGAUUGGGUUGAGAGGUGUCCACCGAGGUUGGGUAUGGGUGGGUCAGUUUGUAGGUCAGUCAGGUCGAGGUCAAGGACGUCUACAUGCAAACUUCCCGACAGUCGUUGCUGCAUUCCCCAACCACAACCGGUUACCAGCAUGUCAGCACUCUACAGUGGCUUCAGUUAACUUGCCUCCUGCAAAGACUGGACACGCAGCUUCGCAGGACGAGAAGAGAGAGUUUUUGUCAUUGUUCCCAGACAUUGUCCGUGACUUGGCAGAGGUUGGGACUUACUCUGAUAUUCCAGAUGCCCAGAAGUGGUAUGCUAAGGUGUUGCAGUAUAAUGCUGUUGGAGGAAAAAUGAACCGAGGUUUAGCAGUGUCAUUAUCUUUUAAACUUUUAGCAUCGCCAGAUCUCAUAACUCCAGAAAACAUACAACGGGCUCAUAUUCUUGGCUGGUGUAUCGAAUUGCUUCAGAGCUUCUUCCUAGUAUCAGAUGACAUCAUUGAUGGAAGCAAGAUGCGACGUGGAAAGCCUUCAUGGUACCGUAAUGAUAAUUUGGGCCUCAGUGCCUUCAAUGAUGCCAUCCUUCUUGAGGCAGGAGUCUAUAAGCUUCUACUGAAGCACUUCCAAGAUGCCCCUUAUUAUUUGGAUAUGCUAGAACUCUUCCAUGAGAUGACAUUAAAAACAGCACUUGGACAAGCUUUGGACCUUCUGUCAUGCCCAGCAGGACAGAGACCAAACCUGAGCAAAUUUAGCAUGGAGCGUUAUAAUGCUAUUGUUAAGUACAAGACUGCGUAUUACUCAUUCUACUUGCCAAUUGCCCUGUCAAUGUACAUGGCGGGGAUAAGAAAUACAGAUAACGUGAGAGUGGCUGGUAUUACUGACAAAGAGCUGCAUCGCCAGGCACGCACUAUUCUCGUGGAGAUGGGACAGUUCUUCCAAGUCCAGGAUGAUUAUUUAGAUUGUUUUGGUGAUUCAAGUGUGACAGGCAAGAUAGGAACAGACAUUGGUGAAGGGAAAUGCACAUGGCUAUCAGUGGUGGCUUUACAACGGGCGUCUCCUUCUCAACGUCGCCUCAUGGAGGAACAUUAUGGCAGACCAGAGCAGGAGAGUGUGGACAAAGUAAAGGACCUAUACAUGGAAUUAGGUCUGCCAGCAACUUACCGGGCAUAUGAAGACUCUACAUCCUCCAUGAUACGUAUCCAUAUCCAACAAAUUUCCCGAGGUUUAAACCACAACGUCUUCUUCAAAUUUCUUGACAAGAUUCACAAAAGAUCAAGUUAGAAUGAAACGAUGAAGUACUUCAGUCCAGAUAAUUUCUCUUGAUAAACAAAUUUUCCAGCACCCUCAGCAGUUGAGCCACCAAGGUGCUGCUAUAAACGGAGAGGAAUUUGUCACAGAUUUCAGUGUAAUAGUAUAGCAUUUGGUAGUAAUUAUUUAUUUAUACAGCUAGCAUAUAUAUUAAUUAAUCAAAAUAAUAUAAUUUAUCUCUGAUGCUUUAAAGUUUCUCAUAUACCCAUUUGAUAUGGAUGUUGACCUCAAUUUUCUCUAUUGAAAUAUAUGUGGCUUUCCAAACCAGACAUAAGUACCUGUAUUGGCUAUUGAAGGCAUAUCGACCAUGAUACUGUAUUUACACUUCUCUUAUUGUAUGCUAGUACAGUAGAAUGUCGAUUUAAAGCGAUUCAAUUUAAAAUUAUCGAUUUAAAGCGACACCCACAAUUGGAGACAAUGUUUUAAUUUAAAGCGAAUCUUUCCUAUUUUGCGCAA